AUGGCAAUCAUCACUUCCCCACUCUCCAGAACUGGGGGAAUUUCAUUUGGAUACCUCCUACAUAGAUGCCUCGUCUCGUUUAGCAGAUGCAGGGCUCGGCCACCUCCCGAUGAUUCGGAUUCAGACGACCAGCCGUUGGCUCAGAGACUGCGACGCCGAGCCCCUCAUCCUGUACCAGACUCAAGCCCGUCCACUAUCCCUUCUACUUCACCUCCUGCGGCGGUCGCUCCUCCUCCUCCGCCUCCUUCUGUAACCCCGACUCCCGUCCCGCGCCAGGCCUAUGUUUCGCCUAAUCCUUCCAUGGCUCCAGUUGAGCCUCCGCCAGCUCAACCUUCUCCGCCCGAAGUUCAGGUUGAUCCCCCUCUGGUUCAACCUUCCACUUCGCAACAAACUCCCAGUACCGAAGCUAGCCCCUCGCGGCGUCCUCCGCCAGCUGCCUCACCGCCAGAGCCGUCUACUAUGCCCCCUUUGGCUCCUUCUGGAUCAACCACUGGACCUUCUAGCUCAGCUGCAGGACCUUCCUAG